UUCAUAUGCGACCAACCCAAAAAGUAGCUUAGGAAAAAGCAGGUCGACUUAAUAGACGCAAGCUGUGGUCUGAGAGCGAGACAGCAUCACAAAUCUACCGAUAAAUCGACUGAGGUACGCACUUUUACAUUAAAAAUGCGUGGCAUUUUCUCAAUCACACUUUUCCUGCUUGUGGCUGUCAUGGUGACCACAGAAGCCGACAAGGGACACAGAGGUCACAAAGGUAAACAUGGUAACGGUAAAGAGGGGAAGGCUGGGGGCGAGUGCAGUGAGUGGACCUACGGGAAGUGUGUCCCAGAAGCAGGAGACUGUGGAAACGGCGUCCGCGAGGCUACCUGCAAGGACCAGACCAAGAACAUCGACUGCAAAAUCCCCUGCAACUGGAAGAAAGACAUUAGCGACUGCAAGUACAGGUUCACCAGCUGGGGUGAGUGCGACACCGAGGUGGGGACCAAGAGCAGGUCUGGCACUCUGAAGAAGGCCCUAUUCAACGCCCAGUGUGAGACAACAGUGAAGGUGUCUAAACCCUGCUCUGCCAAACCCAAGAGGACCAGAGGCGAUAAAAAGAGGAACUAGAGUGAGUGGUUGGACCAGGACUCAGCAGGGGUCAACUCUGGCUUACUUCAGCAGCACAAUCAACAUCUUCCCUCCUUUGCCAAACACUCAGCCAGCGCUUCUGCGUUUGAGCGAUUUCUCUUCCUUGAAACAGCAACCCACCUUGUACUGUCCCCCCCCCCCCCCGUCCUUCCUGUGUGUCACGUCUGGUCACCACACAGGGUAGUUUCUGUUUUGCUUUUUUGGAUUAAAGGUGUAAACUUUUUAAAUAUUACUUUUACUAGGGAACGAUGAAACCUAAUUCAGUCAUCAUUUAGUCAAGAGUUUAUCACCUGUUUUAACUGAAAAUGUUGAAGAACUCAAACAUUUGUAGAUAGUUACACAGCUUUAGGUAAUUAACAUCCAAAUCAUGCAAUGAAAAAUAUCGUAAUGCUUCUACAAUGAUUGAGGGUGUUACUGAAUAUAUUGAAUGAGUUCUAUGCUAGAAAAUUGUAGAUUAAUAGGUUUUGCAAGUGUGUAAGAUAUCAAAGAAGAAACAUUGUGGCAUAAUUACAAAUGAGGUUUGUUUAAAAAGACAAAUUAAAACUGUACUGUUUUUGUUUAACAACGA